AUGGAUCACACGCGCGACCCCUGCCCUUGGGUUAUCCUGAACGAUUUUGGUGGUGCUUUCGCCAUGGGAGCGAUUGGUGGAACACUCUGGCAUGGUAUCAAGGGCUUCCGCAACUCACCGUACGGAGAACGUCGUAUUGGUGCCAUCUCGGCGAUUAAGAUGCGCGCUCCUGUUUUGGGCGGAAAUUUUGGGGUCUGGGGUGGUCUCUUCUCGAAUGCCAUCCUCGCCGGAUUCUGCACAGGAGGAAGUUUAGCCAUUCGAGGCGGAUACAAGGCUGCCAGGAAUGGUGCCAUCGGAUGCGCAGUUCUCUUGGCUGUCAUCGAGGGUGUCGGUAUCGGAUUCCAGAAGAUGUUCGCGGGCUCGACCAAGUUGGAGGCCUCAAAGAUGCCCCAGCCUCCUCCGUCAGACGGCGCCAUGGUCUAA